GCCGCGGCCGCGCAGGCGCCGUGCGCGCUCCCGCUGCCCGGCCGAGCCUGGGGCUCGGGAGCAAAAUGGCGGCGGCCGGAGCGGGGCCGGGCGGGAGCGGGCGGCGCUGAGCGGGAGGAUGGCGGCGGCGAGCUGCUGCCGGAGAAAUGGAGGAACAUAACGCUGGACCUGGGAUUGAAGAUUUCUAAAGGAUUAUGGGAUUAUACAUUGAAGAGCCAGCAGGCGGAAUGCCUGAGUGACUGAAGAAAAUGGGUGCUAAUGCAUCUAACUACCCUCACUCGUGUUCCCCAAGGGUAGGGGGGAAUUCACAGGCACAACAGACAUUCAUAGGGACAUCAUCCUACUCUCAUCAAGGUUUUGGCUGUGAAUCAAAGCUGUAUAGCCUUGACCAUGGCCAUGAGAAACCUCAAGACAAGAAAAAGAAAACCUCUGGCCUUGCCACCCUCAAAAAGAAAUUCAUUAAGCGUCGGAAAUCGAGCCGAUCUGCUGACCAUGCCAAGCAGAUGCGCGAGCUCCUCUCAGGCUGGGAUGUCAGAGAUGUUAAUGCAUUAGUAGAAGAAUACGAAGGAACAUCAGCCUUAAAGGAACUUUACCUACAAGCUAAUUUGGCAAGACCAGAAGCCAGGACGCUACAAAAAGACAUGGCUGAACUUUAUCAAUACAAAUACUGUACUGAUGUAGAUUUAAUAUUUCAAGAAACUUGUUUUCCUGUGCAUCGUGCGAUAUUGGCGGCAAGAUGUCCAUUUUUUAAGACGCUGCUUUCUUCCUCUCCAGAGUAUGGGGCAGAAAUAAUAAUGGAUAUUAACACAGCUGGCAUAGAUAUGCCUAUGUUUUCUGCUUUGUUACACUACCUUUAUACGGGCGAGUUUGGAAUGGAGGAUUCGAGGUUCCAGAAUGUCGAUAUUCUCGUGCAGCUUAGUGAAGAAUUUGGAACACCAAAUUCCUUAGAUGUUGACAUGCGUGCACUGUUUGAUUAUAUGUGCUACUACGAUGUGGUUCUUAGCUUUUCAUCCAACUCUGACCUAGUUGAAACUUUUGGUGGUAAUCAGAACUGUCUAGAUGAAGAGCUCAGAGCUCACAAAGCGAUUAUUUCGUCCCGAUCUCCCUUUUUCCGUCACUUGCUGCAGAGGAGGAUACGAACUGGUGAAGAAAUCACAGACCGAACUCUACGGACUCCAACUAGAAUUAUAUUGGAUGAAUCUAUCAUACCAAAAAAAUAUGCUAAGGUCAUUUUGAACUGUAUGUAUACAGAUGUGGUGGACCUCUCCGUUUUGCACUCCAGUCCUUCGGUGGGCAGUUUAAGUGAAGUUCAGGCUCUUGUAGCAGGAAAACUGAAUAUGACUAGGGCUGAAGAAGCUAUGGAGCUUUAUCACAUAGCACUGUUCUUGGAGUUUAACAUGCUUGCACAAGGUUGUGAAGAUAUAAUUGCUGAGAGCAUCUCUCUGGACACCUUGAUUGCCAUUCUGAAGUGGAGCUCUCAGCCGUACGGUUCCAAGUGGGUGCAUCGCCAAGCGCUGCAUUUCCUCUGUGAGGAGUUCACCCAGGUCAUGACUUCUGAGGUCUUCUACGAGCUCAGCAAGGACCACCUGCUCACAGCUAUUCAGUCUGACUAUUUACAGGCAAGUGAACAAGAUAUUCUUAAAUAUCUGAUUAAAUGGGGAGAACACCAGUUGAUGAAGAGGAUAGCAGAUCGAGAGCCUAAUUUACUCAGUGGUACUGCUCACAGUGUGAAUAAAAGGGGUGUGAAGAGGAGAGAUCUUGAUAUUGAAGAGCUGAGGGAGAUCCUGUCUCCACUUCUACCUUUUGUCCGCAUUGAGCACAUCUUACCCAUGAAUAGUGAAGUACUGAGUGAUGCAAUGAAGAGAGGCCUGAUUAGUACUCCUCCUUCAGACAUGCUACCAACAUCAGAAGGUGGAAAGUCAAAUGCCUGGCUGCGGCAGAAAAAUGCUGGGAUAUAUGUGAGGCCAAGACUGUUCUCACCGUAUGUGGAGGAGGCUAAGUCGGUGCUGGAUGAGAUGAUGGUGGAGCAGACAGACCUCGUUCGCCUGCGCAUGGUGCGCAUGUCCAACGUGCCCGACACGCUGUACAUGGUGAACAACGCCGUGCCCCAGUGCUGCCACGUCAUCACCCACCAGCAAGUCAGCACCAACCAGACCAGCCCUCCCUCAGUUAUAGCCAACGAGAUCCCAGUUCCCAAUCUCCUGGUUGUGAAAGAGAUGAUCAGGAGGCUGCAGGAGCUGCGCCACACGGAGCAGGUGCAGAGAGCCUACGCUCUGAACUGCGGGGAAGGCGCCACCGUCAGCUACGAGAUCCAGAUCCGUGUGCUGCGCGAAUUCGGCCUUUCUGAUGCUGCUGCUGAGCUCCUGCAGAACCCUCACAAAUUCUUUCCUGAUGAGCGAUUUGGGGAUGAAAGCCCACUGCUGACAGUGAGACAGUCUGGACGAUGUCGCGUCAACAGCACUCCCACUGCAGAAACCAUGUUUACAGAACUGGACUCUUUCGUGGCCUUCCAUCCACCACUGCCCCCUCCUCCACCUCCAUACCACCCACCAGCAACUCCUCUUCACAACCAGUUCAAAGUGGGCUGGAAACAAAGGGUGCCAAGUCAACAUCCGUCCCGCUCCUUCUCCUACCCGUGUAACCACUCUGUGUUCCACUCGCGGGGCGCCCCCAAGGCGGCGCCGCCCGUUUACCUGCCCGGCGCCAAGGCGGCGCCGCCCGACUGCACCAACCCUGCGCUGGGCCGCCAGACCGUGGCAGCGGCAGUGAUGGCAGCUGAGAAACAAGCAAGUACUCAGCCCUUGCUAAAUGAACUGAUGCCAGACAUCGCAAUGGGUGUGUCAGCAAUGUCUUUGAAGGACAGAAGAUUACCAGAGCUCACGGUGGACACGGAGCUGAGCCAGGCAGUUACAGAGGUAGGGCCUGGCCCACCCCAGCACAUUUCAUGUAUUCAGAACAGACACAUACCUACUUCUCGAAAAAAACAUGCAAUAGAGCAAAAAAUAGAUGCUCGAGAAAAUCCGCAGGAGUAUCCUGACUUCUAUGACUUCUCUAAUGCUGCAUGCAGACCCUCUACUCCAGCACCCAACAGGCACAGUCCCUCGCCUUCACAAGGCAUUUAUUUUGGCCCAGAUUUGUACAGCCACAAUAAGGCAUCACCAAGUGGCUUAAAGUCAGCCUAUCUACCUUCCCAGAUAUCUCCUAAAAAGCAAGAGGAUUCUAGGAGGGAAUACCUGCUCUCACAAGAUGGGCAUCAACACAGGCAAAAGAAUGAGCCAAUACACCUCGAUGUCUUAGAGCAACCUCCCCAGCGACUGGACUUGGCACUGGCUACCCAGGAAACUGCUGGGAAUGGCCCUGUUCAUGUCAGGGGAAGGGCAAAAAUGGAAACAGAUUUAACCUAUGGGCUAACCUCCAACAGACCUUCGCUCUCUGCGUACAGCUCUGACGUGCCCGAAGAGAGACCUGGCAGGAGACUGGCAGAUGAUGAGCCAUUGGAACAUGGAGCACAGAGAAAUGCAGAUUUGGAAAGGGAAGAUGGAGUAAGCAGAGGAAGGAGGUCUCCAAACAAACCAGACUUCCUGUACAAAAAAUCUGCCCUAUGAAAGCAAUCUCCACUAUUUCUCUGUGCCUAAGAGUUGUAAACAUCCCAUUCCUUGCAACUUUUGGCCUGACUUCUGUCAGAAAUUCUUUCAUGCCAGCAGAAAAAUUCAGCUUUGCUCACUUCUUUUGUACAUACAUUGCUUUAUUAGAGACAGCAUGUUAUCAGUUUGGUUUUAAUGCUGCUUCUGGGUUUAUUUUGUUGCAGUUUUUUUUGGAGCAGAUUUAAUUAAGCCUUUUAAAAAAAACAGAAACUGGUACCUUUUUUCUACAACCUGGUAGCCUUUUGCACCUGUACAUCUAUUUUAGUGUAUUAGUUUUGUACUAAUAUGUUAAACUUUAAUGUCACAUUUAAAGGACUGUAUUUUCAUACUUUUGCAUUUACCCUUUCACAUGCCGAUUCCCUAUGUGCAUUGGGUUGCACAUUAUGAAAUGUAUUUUCUUAUGAGAUAAUAACAAUGCGUUUAUUUUUUAAUUAUAGGAAUUCCAAAGAACAGCACAUCAAAAAACCUACAUUUUUAGUUGGAUUUUUUUUGUUUGUUCGUUCAGAUUGAAAUCUUCCUGAUUUUUAAGACUAUGGCAAGAAUCCAAUCUAAUAUUUUGUUUGGAAAGUACUGGCAGCUGGUCUUAUCUUUAUAUACAUAGCAAACCCACUUCAAUAAUUAUAUUUGGGGUUUUAAGAAUCCAGAGGGAUAUUUAGAAAUCCAAAUUCCUGUGAAAUUCACUGGAAUAUCACAGUAUGAGUCUGUUUACUUCUGUUUUGGCUGUGACCGUGGAGGGACUCCAUGGUCACCUAGAAGCAGGGAGCACUUACUAGGCAGACUAGAAUUGAAUUAUUUAGAAAUAAACCUAGCAGUACUGUAAAAAUUACAGUAAUUACUUGUUCUUCCAGCUGCUCACGCGUGGGUGAGCGCAGACCAGGUGAGCGGAUUCCUGCUGGCUGUGGAGUGUCAGGAAGAUGAGGCAGGGAACCUUCGCUGCUGCCUGAACACGUGGGAGGGUUCCCUCCCCAGCCGUGCUGGGUGACAGCCCCUGGCCUUGCUUUCUGCUGCCUGUGCUUACAAAAGGGCUUCACUCUCAGUGACGUGUUCAGUGUUCCUUACCUGCCUCACGUGGUGCUGGCCCCACAGGUGCAGCUGUUCUGUGAGCAGAAUCCAAGUGAAGAGUCACUGCUUCAGCAUCACCACACCUGUGAAACCUUGGUGCUUUUAAAUUGCACCUCCAUUGCCUGAUUUGCUUUUUGAAAGCACAGAAAUGAGAUUCCCCUGUUAACAGGAUGUGAGGAUGGAAGGAUGCUGAUCUGGGCUGGCUCCUGCCACUGGGGCAGGAUUCAGCAGAGCACCAAGGGAAGAGUUACAGUUAUGAACUACAUCCCUAAUACUGUGCAGUUUUAACACAAAUUCAUUGCAUUCAGGAUAGGGAUCUGAUGCCACUGCAGAGUAGUGAUUGCUGGUAAAAUCCUGUUGGGAGGGAGAGUUAAAUGCAGUUUCUAUAAUGAGUUUACCUGUAGCAGAAAACUAGUCCCAGGUGUGACCUAAGGACUGCUUUAAGGUUAGGUUGAAUUGUUUCUUGCAGCUCAAAGUGCUUAAUACUGUUUAACAGAAAUCUUGCUGCAACUUUACUUUUGGUUUUAGUUGAUGGCAGAUACUUACCUAAUGUGUUUCAUUGAAGUAUGAAGGUCCUGAUAAUGACACAGUGUUACUGAAAUAUAUUGAAUACUGCAUUUCCAAAUUACCAAAUAGCUUCUAGAUAAAUGAAGAUGUGGGUCUUCAAACAAUAAACUCUGUGUCUCCUGUAGACACAUCUAUAGAGACCUGCUUCCGUGGUAGUUCUGCAGGUGCUCCUUUUGAGAUGCAGCCAUGGAAAGCAUGGUGUAGGAUUGGAGCAGAAACUUGCCUAAACUCUGCAGGUGAUGUGUCUUGUGGGUGACAGGAGGUUUUUUUCCUCUGUCAGCAUUUUUUAUUUUGUUUUUUGCCCAGUCAGGGCAGUGGGUGGUCUGUGCUUCAUCACCCAUCUGUGGGAUUUCCAUGGAACUGUGGUGUUAAACAUUGUUAAAUGCAAGAUGUCAAUGAGGGGAUGGUGCUGCUGCAGGUUAAGGGGCUGAGGCUUAUUGGGCUUCUUCAGAAGAUUUGAGCACAGUGCUGUCUGACUGCAUACAAGGGUCUCAUCCUCACCAGCCUGAGACCAGCUCACUAGAACCAGUAACUUCCAGCGCACACAAGAGCCCUGAAACUCCCUGGACUUGUAUCAUGUGUGUGUUGGCAGCUUAACUACUAAAAAAUUAUAGCUUUCCGCAGAAAACUUAUUAUUUUCAAUAUUUUUGCCUAAAACUGAUAGAUGUAUUUCAGGAAAACUACUUUGAUUAUCAUAGUUUGAUGUGGCACUGUGUACUUGGGCAGAGGUGGGACUGAGAUCUACAGACAGAACUUUAAAGCUUGAAAUUUUAGGGGUGGGGGGUGGCUGAUGAAGAUGAGAAGUUUUGAGGUUAUGGUUUGAGGGAAAUCAUGAAAUGCUUUGGCUUUGGAAUAAGCUGGUGAGAAAUGCCUCUGGGGAGGACAUGUCUGCAUUUUAGAAUACAAAAUUGUUUCUGAAGUCUCAGGAACUGAGCAGUAUUUUAAAAAGAAUGAAUAAAGUGUUUAAAAGUAGAUGCAGAAUGAAAGACAAGUCCUUCUGAGGCCUCAAAGACAAUCAGGCCAUGUAGACAAUCUGUGUUUUCACUUGCAUAUUUUGAAUUGGGAAGAAGAUGGCAGCUGGUUUGAAGUGGAAAAGAAGGAUUUCUUGAAUUACUGGAAGUUUAUUUUUGUACUCCAGAGCAGGAUUUCCUACUUGGGAUGUGCAGAGGGGUGAGACCAUUUUUCAUGGCAGCAUUAUUCAGAAGCCAGUGUUCAUCCUGCAUCUCUUGCACACCAUACACACCUGUGCUACCUGCUACUCCUUGUUCUCUGUCUACUGAAACUUUGGUGCAGAAGCUCCUUGUUUACAUGAAGCACUUUCUGAUUAGGCUGGAAAUUGACACCUUUUCCUCCUGUAAAUUAGAUGGAGAUGAUGGAUUAUUGACUAUUUUGCUUGAGGAUAGAGAUAUAAACAUUGUUUUUUUGAAUGAGGGACAGCCAUGCUCCUUGUUCUGUUAGAGAGCUCAGAUUUGCAUUUAAUGAGCAACAUACAAAAAGGUCUUAUUCCCCUUCCCCCAAACCCAACUUCUCUUUUCCUUAAUAUGUGGAUGAAUAACUUAAUUCCUAAAACACAUUCUUCCUUUGAAAUAUUUUGUUGUUCACAGAAUUAUUGUAGUUGUGUAUUAGUAACUGCUGUGUUGAUUGGCAGUUUCAUGUUGUGUUUUCCUGUUCUUAAGGAUUCUCACUUAGGAAAAUUGAGGCUGUGGCCACCUGUACUUGUAAGCCUUGGGUUUUGGUCCUGGAAUGUCCCAAAUGUAUGUCUUAGGGGUUUCUUUGGUUUGGGUUUGGGAAGGGGGGGCCUAGGGGGAUUGGGGUUUUGUGUGGGUUUUUGGGUUGGUUGUUUUGGUUGGUUUUCUGGUUUGUUUUUUUUUUUUUUUUUUUUUUUUUUUGAAAGAACACUAAUGCUGUUUGAGGCACUGUUCUUCUAAUAGUUCUAUGCUUCUAUGGUAGAGGUGGUGCUGAGCCCUGCUGAAUGCAGGGAACAGCUUAGAGGGAAACUUGUAAAACCGCGUUUGGGGUUUCUGUAAUUACCUGUACUGCCAGAAGGCAGCCCUGCCCUCGGCAGUGUUAAGAAUUUGUUUCUUGUCCUUGUGUUGUUACUGGUAUAAAGUCAAGUGCCUUCAAUGCUAAAGGCUCAGAAAACUUUCUUAAACUGACUUCAUGUCCUAUGCAAGUGUUUUUCUACAACCUGCAUAACCAGUACUUUGUAAAACUUGUUUACGCUUCAAUUGUACAUAGUGUUUUUUUAAAAAAAAAUAGUAUUUUUAUUUAGGUACCUCCAAACUUGAAUUCUAGUCUUGUGUGAUGCAUUGUAAAACAAUACAUUUCUCUUUUGAGUAUCAUUACAGUUGUAAAAAGGUUUUCACUGGUUCUAUUUUUCUACUGUUGCUGAGAAGCAUGUAACACUGACUUUAUCCUACGUAUAGUUGGCAUUUCAAAUAAAUGGCUUGUAUAGAA